GACACUGUCCCCUCCCUGCAUGAUGGCAUGCUCACGGACCUGCUCCUGCAUCCUGGGACUGAGCCUCGGGACUACAGCUCUAUUUGCUGCUGGGGCCAACGUGGUGCUCCUCUUUCCUAACUGGGAUGUCACCUACCUGUUGAGGGGCCUCAUUGGCAAGCAUGCCAAGCUGGGCACUGGGCUCUGGGGAGCAGGCCUCAUGGUACUCACUGCAGCCACCCUCAUCUCCUUGACGGGCUGGAGAUAUGGCUGCUUCAGGAAGAGUGGGCCCUGCCGAAGGAUGCUCACUGCUCUGUUGUCAAGUGGCCUGGCUUUGCUUGGAGCCUUGAUUUGCUUUAUCACUUCUGGAGCAGCCCUGAAAGAUGGUCCUUUUUGCGUGUUUGAUGUCUCAUCCUUCAAUCAGACGCAACCUUGGAAAUAUGGUUACCCAUUCAAAGACCUGCAUACCAGGAAUUAUUUGUAUGACCAUUCACUCUGGAACUCUGUCUGCCUGGAGCCGUCUAAAGCCGUCGUUUGGCAUGUGUCCUUCUUCUCCACCCUUCUGUGCAUCAGCGUCCUCCAGAUUCUCCUGGUGGUCAUUCAUUUCGUCAACAGCUUCCUGGGCCUUUUCUGCAGCCUCUGUGAGGAGUGACAGCCUCUCAACAACUCCGUGGAAUUGGCCACAUGUUACAGAUAAACUGAGGCUCCUAGAGGAUAAUGGACUUGCUGCCCAAAAGCACUCCCCUCGGUUCAGGUAAAGUCAGUACCUGAACCCCUAUCUUCUAAAUUCAAGUUCACUGGUUGUUAUGGACUGAAUUGUGUGCCCUCAAAAUUCAUAGGCUGAAGCCCUAAUCCCCAUGUGACUUUAUGUGGGGAUAGGACCUUUAAGGAGCUAAUUAAGAUUAAAUGAAUUCACAUGGAUGGGACUCUAAUCCAGUAGGAGUGGCGUCCUUAUAAGAAGAUGAGAUCCCAGAGCUCUCCACUCGAGCAUAGAGGAAAAGGCCAUGUGAGGACAUGGCGAGAAGCUGGCCAUCUGCAAGCCAAGGAGAGAGGCCUCAGUAGAAAUCAACUUUGUUGGCACCUUGAUCUUGGACUUCCAGCCUCUAGAAAAUAAAUUUCUGUUGUUUAAGCACCCAGUCUGUGGUAUUUUAUUAUGGCAGCCCGAGCUGACUAAUCCACCCGUGUUCUUUUCAUUAGUGUUCAGUGCAGUUCAGUAAGUGGUAUACACUGAGUGUGCCCUAGUGUGCCUGGCACUGCCAUGCAUGCCACACAUCCAAAGAUGAUUGAGACACGGUCCUUGCCCGUGGGCUCUGCCUUGUCCUUGAAGAGCUCAUAGUCAGGUAAGGGAAACAAACACAUAGACCAAUAAUCUGAAUGUCAUAUGUUCAGGGCCACGUCCGACAUCAACACAGGGUGCAGUGAGAGCUCAGAGAAGUAGCGAACCUCCAAGGAGAGGAUCCGUGAGAGAUCAAGGAAGCCUUCAGUUCUGUCUGAGCUGAUUCUUUCUUUCUUUCUUUCUUUUUUUUUUUUUUGAGGAAGAUUAGCCCUGAGCUAACA